AUGCCACGCAGAUUCAACGUCCGAUUCGCCCCAACCAAGAAUGUGCCUGUCCACAAACCAAUAUCCUGUGAAAAGUGUAGCCAAUGCUCUGAAAUAGGCGCUCCGCCCCAGAGAAGUCGUUCCGGCUGCAAGGAGUGUAAGAGACGACGUGUCAAAUGCGAUGAGACAUUCCCCGUUUGUCUCCGAUGCCAGAAACGAGGCACGUUGGAGAUCCCUCCGUUGAUCUCGAGCGGAAUCACCUCGCCUUCACAAAUGCGCCUACUCAGGCACUGGUGUGAGAAAGCCAGCCAGAUCAUGGUUUUGGACCCUGAAUCCAACCCUUUCUCGUUGCCAAUCCUUGAAUAUCUACACAUUUCCCCGUCUCUCAUGCCAACAAUUCUGAGCAUCAGUGCUGCCCAUGAACAGUUUUUCAAGAAGGAGUGCCUCGAGACGUGUCUUGCGGAGCGAGGUAAAGCGCUGUUGCUUCUGCAAAAGGAGCUGAGUGGACGUCAACAGCCACAUCCAAUCACGUUUCUGAGUAUCUUUAUGCUUGGAAUCAGCACCCCUUGGAUCGACCCCUCGUCUUCCCAAUUCGGGUAUGAGCACCUAAAUGGGGCAAGGGCUUUAAUUGAGCUGAUUAUACAUUCAUGGACAAAUAUGGACCGCAAAUUCGCACAUUUGGCUCUUGGUACAUAUUUAUACUGGGAUAUGGCGUGCUCAUUUCUUUUUGAACCGAAUCAACGAUUCACAAUCAGUUUGUCGAUUCCAGAAGCAGUGGCAAAGAUUGCAGGGGACUUUCACCCAAUUAUGGGCUACUCAGCUGAGAUCAUGUAUACUCUAGCAAGCCUAGGGCGGUACUGCAGGUCAUUCAUUGAUUUUGGCAUCAGAGACACUGCGCUAGAGGAAGAAUUCGAAGCACGGUUGCUGGCGUGGCAACCAACCACCAAAGAUCCUGAUCUCAUUCUGCUGGGUAAUUCUUUCCGAAACCAUGGCCUGAUCAACCUGUACCGAAUCUGUGGACGAACUGGCGAUCGAACUGGGGAAUAUUUCGACGUGGAUAAUUACACGCCUGUCGAGUAUAUUGAAACGGAGAAGGUCAUCCGGCAAUACGCUCUACAGACAGUCAGAGACUUGAGUCUCAUCCCCACCAAUAACUGGAAUACCAAUUUGCAGUCAAUUUCACUUCUGACUGCAGGAUCAGAGCUUACGACAGAUGAUCAACGGGAACGUGAUAUGGUAGUUAACCGAUUUAGAGCUUUGUAUUCAAUCAACCGCUUACCUGGUAACUUUAUGGCGAUUGACAUCCUGCAAGAUGUUUGGCAAGCCCGUGACCUUGAAAUUACCAUGUCAUGGGUACACAUCAUGCUCCUACGAGGGUGGAGGUUAAGCCUUGGUUGA